CCUCCCCUCUCCUGAUUUGAAGCCAUCUUCUUCUCCAUUUCUCCCCCAUUCUCAAUCAUACAUACAUACAUAUAUAUAUACACAUACACACAUCCAUUCUUGCAGAAACAUAUAAGUGAAUGCAGCUAAGAUUUGUGUGUGUGCGUGCAUCAGUGAUCAGUAGUGGUGUUCUUGGCAGCUAGCUAGCAGGGAGCAGCAGGAAAGAGGAGGAGGAGGUGCCAUAGCUGGAAGUGAUUAAAUUCAGUAGCCAUUAUCCAUUAAUCUUCAGUUAUCAGUUUCCAUUCGGGAGAUCAGGCGCCAUUGUGGUGCUCAGCUGGAGCUUGCUUGCUUGCAUGCAUGCAGGCUAGCAAUUUAGCUGGCUGAUUGAUUCGGUUUUGGGAGGAGAGUUAUUAAUGUUCUUGGCUGGACUGUCCGGUGGUGAUUGAUCGAUUGGAGUGGACGCGGCCGGUUUUGGAUUCUUGCUAUAUUUGCGAGGUGUUUGAUCGGUCGAUCGAUGUGUUUGGUGGAGGGGGAGGAGGCGGCGGCGUAGGUGGGGGGUGGAGAUGAGCGACGUCUCCGGCCGCUUCGUGGUGGCCGCGGCAGUGGUCGCCGUGUCGCUGGUCAUGGCGACGGCGGCGGCGGCGGCGCACGACUACGGCGAGGCGCUGUCGAAGAGCCUGCUCUACUUCGAGGCGCAGCGGUCCGGCCGCCUGCCGUACAACCAGCGGGUGCGGUGGCGCGGCCACUCCGGCCUCACCGACGGCCUCGAGCAAGGGGUGGACCUGGUGGGCGGGUACUACGACGCCGGCGACCACGUCAAGUUUGGCCUCCCGAUGGCGUUCACCAUCACGAUGCUGUCGUGGAGCGUGGUCGAGUACGGCGACGAGAUCGCCGCCGCCGGCGAGCUCGCCCACGCCCUGCACGCCAUCAAGUGGGGCACCGACUACUUCAUCAAGGCGCACACCCACCCCAACGUGCUCUGGACUCAGGUCGGCGACGGCGACUCCGACCACUACUGCUGGCAGCGGCCGGAGGACAUGACGACGUCGCGGCACGCCUACAAGGUGGACGCCGAGAACCCCGGCUCGGAGGUCGCCGCCGAGACGGCCGCCGCCAUGGCCGCCGCCUCCAUCGUCUUCCGCCGCGCCGGCGACGCCCACUACGCCCACCUCCUCCUACACCACGCCCAGCAGCUGUUUGAGUUCGGGGACAAGUACAGGGGGAGAUACGACGCGAGCGUGGAGGUGGUGAAGAACUACUACCCGUCGUCGAGUGGGUACAAGGACGAGCUGCUGUGGGCGGCGCUGUGGCUGCACCGCGCCACCGGCCGCCGCGACUACCUCCACUACGCCGUCGCCAACGCCGAUGACUUCGGCGGCACCGGCUGGGCCGUCUCCGAGUUCAGCUGGGACAUCAAGUACGCCGGCCUCCAGGUCCUCGCUUCCCAGCUGCUGGUUGAGGAGAAGCAUCUGAGCUCGGAGCAGCGCGCGGUGGUGGAGAAGUACAGGUCAAAGGCGGAGUACUACGUGUGCUCCUGCAUGGGCAGGAACCCCGGCGGCGCCGACCACAACGCCGGCCGCACGCCGGCGGGCCUCCUCUUCAUCCGCCCCUGGAACAACCUGCAGUACGUCUCCAACGCCGCCUUCCUCCUCACCGUCUACUCCGACGUGCUCUCCGCCCUCGCCCAGCCCCUCCGCUGCCGCGGCCCCGAGGAGGACGACGGCGGCGAGGCGGCGGCGGACGCCGGCGAGGUGCUGGCGUUCGCCAAGUCGCAGGCGGACUACAUCCUGGGGACGAACCCGAUGGCGACGAGCUACCUCGUCGGCUACGGCGAGAGGUACCCGCGGCGGGUGCACCACCGGGCGGCGUCGAGCGCGUCGUACCAGCACGACAAGGAGUUCAUCGGCUGCCUCCAGGGGUUCGACGCGGCGUACAGCGCCGGCCGGGAGAACCCGCACGACCUCGUCGGCGCCGUCGUCGGCGGGCCCAACGCCAAGGACGUCUUCACCGACCACCGCGGGUGGUACAUGCAGACGGAGGCCUGCACGUACAACACCGCCCCCAUGGUCGGCGUCUUCUCCAAGCUCCUGGAGCUCGAGAGGCGGCGGCGGGAAGACGCGCCGCCGUCGUCGGCGCCGCCGGCGGCGGACGAUCUGUAGGUGUACCAAAGUAGUAGGAGACGAGAAUUAUAUGACCCCCCUCUGAUUGGUGAAUGAUAAUAAAAAAUUAAAAAAGGGAAAUUUUUUAUAUAUUCUUUUUUUUUGCUGUUUGUAUAGUUCGUAGUGGUA